AUGUCUGAUUGUCAAAAUAAUUCAGACGAGGAAUUCUUUGACUGCACAGAACCUUUUCCUUCCAAAUUUUAUGCCGUUGCCGUUCCCCGUUCCUCCCCUGGUGCGGGACUAUUCAGCAGUAUAGCACAGGCGAAGUCUCGACUUAAAAGUGUAAAAGGAUCUCGUCUUAAGGCCUUCGGUUCGAUACAAGAAGCAAGUAGUUAUUCCAAUCGCCCUGUUUCUGAAUCCAUUGAAAGGCCCUUGCCAGUUUCUGAAGGUGAAGCCACAAAAUUUCCCAGCAUUAAACAGCAAGAUCUUGUACGACUAAGAAAAUACAUCGAAGCUAAUGAUAUUGAAUGCAUUAAGGAGUGUGUCGCAGAUAAUCCUAUGUUCCUUAUCACUGGAUGUGAUACCCCAACAAUAUUGCAGCUGGUCUUUCGUUUCAAUGCAAUUCACAUUGCUGCUAAGACUGGUCGAUCUGAUGUGAUUAAAUUAAUCAUUUCUUAUAUUGAGUCUCUUGAGUUUUGGGCACGCAUCUAUCCCAAUGCUGAUGCUCGAACAGCUGAAAAUAGGCGUCAGCGUGUUCUGGAUCUCUAUCUCAAUAGUCCGGAAACUGGCUGUAUGUCGUCACCACUGCAUAUUGCCAGCAAGUUUGGCCACGUGGAGUGCGUCCGAGUGUUGGCCAACCAUCCGACCACUAUUCUAGAUCUUCGAGAUCACCUGGAGGCCACCGCGCUCGAAUCCGCCUGCACCCGUCUUCUGAUUGACUCCAACUGUCCCUCUCUUGAAGAAAAGUCCCUUCGAAAACAGGCUAUUGUUCGCGCUCUUGAUGAACGCUACGUCGUACUGGUAGAUCGAAGAGUCAACAGUGACAUUGCAGGGUCCCAACCCGUCAUAUUACCCCACGGAUUAAUGGGUCGCCAGUUGCAUAAUCUUCUAGCUGCAACCGACCAGCUCUCCUGUCCUGGAGUGACCGAAUUCUGUCCACAUCUGGUCGGCUCCCAACAGCGUCCCAUCGUUCCUUCCACGUCUUCUGUGAACUCCCAUCAAACACCCACCAAGUCUUGUGCUCUCCAAAAUCCCACGUCGCCACCUUCCCCAACUCUUCCAUUUUCUCCAAGACGAGUUAUACCUGUACCUAUCUCCUCUGUAUCAAUGUCGUCCAGUUUCAAUUCACCCUUGAUGAAUGGGUCUCCUGUGGAGAUGGGAGUGGACCUUCGUGAAUAUGGGGCUUCCGGACAGCUCGUUCUUAUUCGUGCAAUCCUUGGACCUUUGAACACUGAGGAGGCAGAGAAGGCCGUGACUAGUUGGAAAAAGCCACGAAAUCCCUUCUGGAUGAAUCUUCGAAUGGUGGACGCAGAGAAGGGCUAUGAGCGAUUUGGACGUCGACUUGCAAAGGAGUUUAACACCAAUUGGACAGAGCAUUGGAGUUUUCUUGACGACUUCGCUGAUCUCCAAUCACCCUAUGGCUUAGGUAUCCUCAACGAUUAUCUCGCCCAGCUAUACGCAAUAGAUACCGAGACUGUACAAAAUGAUCGGCAGUUUUUGAGUUUACCUGUCGGUGGGAAACUUGAUUUCGAUGAUAGUUUUGCAGAGGGAAAUGUGACAAAGACUGAUAAAGAUUCAAGGAUCAAGAAAACCCCCACCAAACGCGUCAAGGGUAAAGAGAUACUAAAUGACAGCAAAUGUUCACCGAUAAGCAAACGGAAAAUGGUCAAUGGAAAGAGAAAUGACGAAAAUUGGACAGCUUAUAGGGAAGAAAAUAAUCCAGAACAUGUGUUAAAUGACUCACUAGAUGAUACAGCCUCGUCUUCUGGUUCUUCAAACGAUUCUACCUAUUCUCAUGACAAUACGGAAGGGUCGAAACCUUUGUCAUCACAGCAACAAGUUUCUCCCGUGGUUAGUCUGCUGAGUAACUUUACUGUUAAUUCUCCUCUUCGACUACUAUUACCUCCUCCUUGUAUUGAAUCGAUGUUUGUUCGGCCUGAAAGGCGAAUUUCUAUGUUCGAUAGCAAUGCUGUAAAUGCAAGUAAUCUCAACGCUCCACGAGGAUCAUCACCGUUGAAAUCGACACCUGGCAGAACUCAAAAACCUUUUAAUAUUCUAUCGUCAAGGCGGCACAUAAUUGAUGGUGUUUGGCCGAGUAUUCUAUAUAGUCCAAAAUCUGGGGGCAUUCGAGAGCAAAGAAGUCACUUAAUGGCAACAAUAUCAACGGCGGAGUUGGGUGCACAUAGCGCAAUAGAACUUGAAAUGCCCCCUGGGGAUACGAUGAAUACAGAUGUUAUGCAGGAAGUGGAUUUGGAAGGUUACCCCUUUGUGAAGAGGUGGAAAAGGGAAUUGGAUCUCACAUUUCAACAACCUUAG